AUGUCCGCAGUCACAACACCCGAAAAAGUCCACGGCGUCGGCGCCAGCGUGGAAAGGACCAUCAGCAACAGCUUCGUCAACGUUGACGGCGCUGUGUCCGUCCCACCGACAGAGCAGGAGAAGCGCAACCAGAUCGUCGACGACGAGGAGCGGCAGCAGCAGCAGGUCGACGACAGCAGCGAUGCGACGGCCGUAGACGACGACCACCAACCGGUCAGCGCCGCGCCGGACGGCGGACUGCAGGCCUGGCUGGUCGUCCUGGGCGCGUGGUGCGCCUCCUUUUGCAGCUAUGGCUGGAUCAACAGCGUCGGCAUCUUCCAGCAGUACUAUGCCCAAGGGCCCCUCAAGGACUACUCCGAUACGCAAAUCUCCUGGAUCCCCGGUCUGCAGAUCUUCUUCAUGUCCUUCAUGGGUCCGGCCAUCGGCGUGCUCUUCGACCGCUACGGACCCGAGAGGCUGCUCAUCGUCGGCUCCUUCCUGCACGUCUUCGGCCUAAUGAUGGCCUCCAUCUCCACCAAAUACUACCAGUUCCUGCUCUCCCAGGGCGUCUGCAGCGCCAUCGGCGUCGCCGCCGUCUUCCUCUCCGCCAUCGCCUGCGUCAGCGGCUGGUUCGACCGCCGCCGUGGCCUCGCCUUCGGCCUGCUCGCCACCGGCUCCUCCCUCGGCGGCGUCGUCCUUCCUAUCAUGGUCACGCGCCUUAUCGAUGGUGUCAGCUACGGCUGGGCCAUGCGCACCGGCGCCUUCCUCAUCGGCGCCUUGCUCGUCGUCACCAUCUGCACGGUGCGCCGCCGGACCAGCAUACCGGCCAAGACGAGCUUCACGGCCGCCCAGAUGCGCGCGCCCUUUUCGGAGCUGCCGUUCAUGCUCAUCCUUGGCGGCCUCUUCCUCAUCCCGUUCGGCCUGUACACGCCCAUCAACUACCUGCCGACCGCCGCCGCUGCCGGGGGCAUGUCGCAGGAGCUGGCGCAGUACCUGGUCGCCGUGUACAACGGCGCGAGCCUGGUCGGCCGCCUGAGCUCCGGCAUCCUCGCGGACCGCUUCGGCCGCUUCAACGCCUUCAUCGCGUCGUGUUACAUCGCCGGCGCGCUGGUGCUCGCCAUGUGGAUCCCGGGCACCGAGAACGCCGUCACAAUCGCCUUCGCCGCGCUUUUCGGACUCUUCUCCGGCGCGUACAUUGCGCUGCUGGUCGCCCUCAUCGCCCAGGUGUCGCCGAUCCGCGAGAUCGGCUACCGCAACGGCAUCGCCUGCCUGGCGCAGUCGGUCGGUGGCCUUCUGGCGACACCCAUCGCCGGCGCCAUCCUCGCGCGGCCGGGUGGCCUGGUCGGCAUCAAGGUGUACGCGGGCGUGUUCCUGCUGGCGGGCACGACGAGCGUCUUGCUUGCGCGGCUGGUGCUGACCAAGUUUAAGCUCAAGGUUGCGCUGUAG